GGGCGCCAUGGCCUCGGCGGCGGCGGGCGAAGCGGAAGAGACCACCCGGCUGCGCAAGCCGCGCUUCUCGUUCGAGGAGAACCAGAUCCUGAUCCGUGAGGUGCGCGCCCACUACCCACAGCUCUAUGGCGCGCAGAGCCGUCGGGUGAGCGUAGCCGAGCGGCGGCGUGUGUGGGACGGCAUCGCCGCCAAGAUCAACGGCAUCACCAGCUGGAAGCGCACCGGCCAAGAGGUGCAGAAGCGCUGGAAUGACUUCAAGCGCCGCACCAAGGAGAAGCUGGCCCGCGUGCCGCACUCCACGCAGGGCGCCGGGCCUGCCGCCGAGGACGCCUUCUCCGCGGAGGAGGAGACCAUUUUCGCCAUCCUGGGACCGGGAGUGGCGGCGCCGGGAGCUGGUGCAGGAGCCGAGCAGCCCUCGGUGGCCGCUUCCUCACAGCCGUCGGCCCCAAACGCGGGCACCCAACGCUACGUCUUGUCCGAGGACCGCAGGGAAGACCGACGGGCAGAUACACCAGCCCACAGCAAGGGGGGCUCCAGCAGCCCCGAGCAGUGGGCCAGGACCUCCUGCAGCCCCCAGGAAGGGGGCUGCCCGCCACCCAAGGAGCGUGAGUCCCCACCCCCUCCAGCCCUGCAGACGGUGCAGCUGCCGCGCCUGGCCUUGUGUCCCCCGCCCCCAGCCCCUCCGCCGCCCCAGCCGCCUCAGCAGGUCCACGUGGCGCCCUCGUCCCCCAGCCCACCACCUCCUCCACUGCCACCGCCCACGCCCUCGGCCCCCCCGGACCCCUCCCUGGACUUCCUGCGGGCCCAGCAGGAGACGGCCAACGCCAUCCGGGAGCUGGCUGGCACCCUUCAGCAGGGACUGGCCAAACUGAGCGAGGCCCUCAGCGCCCUACUGCCCCUCCUGCCGGGAACCGCGGUAGACAGGCUGCCCCCGCCUCUCCCCCCACCCCCACCCCCCAGGCCCCUCCCGCCCCCGCCUACCCCGAAAGCGGAGAUCACCCCAGAGCCCGUGUCCGUGGUGGCCGCUGUGGUGGACGGAGCGGUGGUGGCAGCCAGGGGGGUGAUCAUCGCCCCUAGGAACGAGGAGGGGGGGCCCCGUCCUCCCCCAGCUCCCCUUCCUCUCCACGACUCACCCCCACACAAGAGGAGGAAAGGGUUCCCUACACGGAAGAGGCGGGGGCGUUGGAAAUCUCCCUGAAGUCGGCUGUUCGAGCUCCUUCUGCCUGUACCUCCUCCCCCCAGCUUAGCCCAGGGGAGGAGGGCGCCGCACCUUCCCCAUCUCGGCUGCACCCUGGCUCCUUGCUGCGGGGCGCGCGAGCACCCCACUCCCUAUACUAGUUAGUGCCUGAUUCUCAGGGGGGCUUGUUGCUGGGCCCCCCACCCCCUUCUCCAGUACAGCGCUGUCUGCCUGGCUGCUUCCCUGAACCCUAACUUCUAAGCCAUCGAUUUUGUUAUUUAUUAUUGCCGUUUAUGGGUUGCGGAGAGAACCUCUCGGGUCUGCACAGACGCACCCCCUUCCCUAACAGCUCCUGGUCUUGACUUGAAGAGAAUUGACCCGUAGGGGCCUCCUCGCCUCCCCAGUCCAGACUUUGGAGGAGGUGGGAGUCGCCAGACAAAUCAGAAUAUGGAUGACAAAGGAUAUGGAAGUCUGUACCCGGGGUAGGGGGGCUGAGCUCUCGCUGGGGAGGUACAAGUCGGGCCCUCUGCCUCCCGCUGCUGUCUCUGACCUUCAGAGCUCAACCCCCUCAUUUCUCCCGAGUGGCGACAAGAUAUGAAUAAACUUAUUUUUAAUACGA